CGUGAAGUCAACAAAUUCGUGGAAGGCGAGGAGCUGCAGAGGCGACAGAGCACAUGGUAGCUAACGUAGACAAGCGAAGUUAGGAAGUGGUAACGUUUCUGCAUUGUUGAUGAAAUGGCUUCAUCAGAAGCAGCAGAGACAGUAAUUAACAAGGAGACUGCAUUAACUAAGGCAGUAGUUAGCAAGGAAGAGACGGGUCUUAGACAUGAAUGUGGUUUGUUUGGUUGCGUUGCCACUGGAGAGUGGCCCACACAAAUUGAUAUCGCGCAAGUGAUCUGCCUUGGGCUGGUAGCUCUGCAGCACAGAGGGCAGGAAAGUGCUGGAAUUGUAACAAGUGAAGGCAACAAUGCCAAGGCAUUCCGUGUCCAUAAAGGAAUGGGAAUGAUCAAUAGCGUCUUCAGUGAUGAUUCAAUGAAGAAGCUGAGAGGAAACCUGGGAAUUGGCCACACACGUUACUCUACAAGUGCAGCAUCAGAAGAAGUUAACUGCCAGCCGUUUGUUGUCCACACAGCCCAUGGGGCACUGGCUGUUGCACACAAUGGAGAGCUUGUUAACUGUGGAUCCCUGCGCAAGAUGGUAUUGGGUCGAGGAGUGGGUCUGUCCACUCACUCUGACAGUGAGCUAAUCACACAAGCUCUCUGUCUGAAUCCUCCAGAAGGUGAGGUUAAUGGACCUGACUGGCCAGCGAGAAUCAAGCACCUCAUGCAACUGGCUCCACUCUCCUACUCACUCGUCAUUAUGCAGAAGGAUCGUAUAUAUGGUGUCCGUGAUCCGUAUGGCAACAGGCCCCUCUGCAUUGGGAAGAUUGUCCCCCUGAAAGUUACAAAUGGUGAUGGCAAUGAAGGUGAAAUGGAAGAAGGGUGGGUUAUCUCAUCUGAGUCUUGUGGCUUCCUGUCGAUUGGAGCACGAUACAAACGGGAGGUUCAUCCUGGAGAAAUUGUGGAAAUGACAAAAGACGGUAUCAAGACUAUUGGCAUCGUUGAACGACCAAAUGCCAAACCACAAGCCUUUUGUAUAUUUGAAUAUGUGUAUUUCGCUCGCUCUGACAGUAUAUUUGAAGGGCAGAUGGUGUAUUCUGUGAGGAUGCAGUGUGGACGAGUAUUAGCAAGGGAGGCAUGCAUAAAUGCCGACAUUGUUAGCUCAGUUCCCGAAUCAGGAACUGCAGCUGCUCAUGGCUUCUCAAAGGAGUCAAAGAUACCUUUUGCAGAGGUGCUUUGUAAAAAUCGCUAUGUGGGGAGGACAUUCAUUCAGCCCAGCACACGGCUUAGGCAGCUCGGUGUAGCUAAGAAGUUUGGGGCCCUGUCAGAAAAUGUAUGUGGCAAGAAGCUGAUUCUGAUUGACGACUCCAUCGUUCGGGGCAAUACUAUCGGUCCUAUAAUUAAGCUGCUGAGAGAUGCUGGUGCAAAGGAGGUUCAUGUAAGAGUGGCAUCACCUCCUCUUCUCUACCCUUGCUACAUGGGUAUUAACAUUCCAACACGUGAAGAACUUAUUGCAAACAAAUUGGACCCUGUAAAGUUGGCGAGACAUGUUGGAGCGGAUAGUCUAGCAUACCUUUCAGUAGAAGGUUUGGUUCAGGCUGUGACAUACGGGAUUGCGGAGAAGAAUGCAAGUAAAGUUGGUCACUGUACAGCCUGCCUUACAGGGAACUACCCAGAGAAACUUGAGUGGUAGCAGAUAGCAGCAACCAGAUUGAACCUUACCUCACUCAGUCCCCUUAUCACAUAAGACAGCAAUGGUUGUUCAUGAGGCAGGAUAUAAUUCGGUUGCGUGAAACUUUCAUACCAUAGGUGACAGGAAAGAAUGCUGUGGCAUAAGGUAUGGUUAAAACAUAUUGACACUUUUAUAAGGUCCUAGCCAAAGACCCUUCAAAAUAAGUCUAAAGGUUUGUGACAGGUGUGCCAAGACUUUUUCAUUGUCUUGUGUUUUGUUAAGAAAUGCAACUUUUCUGCUUCAGUCUUCAUGUAUAAUUGUGAAACCUACUUUGUUGGGUCCAUUCACUUUGUCUAAUCCCUGCCCAAGGAUAGACCCAAAAGUAGGUUUCAUACUUUUCCUGAUGACAUAAGCAGCUCCAGCUUCUGAAAAGUUUGUGGUUUAUAUGAGAUAUCUCAUGCAAUAGAUACAGUUCUUUUUUAUUUGUGGAAUUUCUUUUGAAGUGUAUGGUCAGACUCAAGUGUUGCACAAUAGUGUCAUCAUAGAAGGAGAGGGAAAUAUAUUCUUGUUUUAUCACUUCCAUUGGUUCCAUGACAGUUGAAGAGCAGUGUGCAGAAUGCAGAGUAAACUUACCGCAUCUGUGGAGUGGAGUCCCUCUUAUAAAGCCAAUAGUUCCUCAGCAGGUUAAGGAAUUUCAAGCUACUAUGAAAUCUGGAGGUUUAUUAUCAUGUUCACAAGAGCCCUGUCUCCAGUCCAUGCAUCACAUCCUCCUCUGUAGUGCCCUAACUAAAACCAUGUAUGCAUUGCUUAUCCGUACCAUGCAUACAACAUGUCACAUAUUAUCAAUCUUUAUUUUAUUAGAUGGGAAUUUUACAUUUAUGGUGAUAAUGGAAGGAACAUUUUUUUAAUGAAGAAUCCAAAGGGU